GCUUUUAGACGUUAAUGCUAAAAAACUAGCUAGAGCGGGAAGGCAAAUGCAAAGCAGUAGGGAAAAGAUGAAAUGAAAAAAAAAAACGGUGGGCAGGCGGAUUACUAAGAAGACAAAGCUCCUCAAUUGGAGCGGCUUCAGUAGAUUUAAAGCGAGAAGAGCAGAGGGGGCGACACGAAGGCGCAGCGACCACACCGGAGGCUGCACAAAAAGCAGAGGGGUUUGCUGAAUGGAUGAAAGAUCUCAGACUAGGAUCGCGCAUCUGGGACUCUCCGAAAACCUGUCAUCGUGGAGCCCUCGUUCAAAACGGACAGAACAGAAAUGACUCUCUCCAGUGCCCCCCCAAUUCGACGGGGCAGCACUCCAUUACCCCUGAAGCACCAAUUAAAGCGUGAGUCUGCUGUUGUCAAUGAAGAGUUUGAUUGGACGCCUGAACUUACUGGUCCUACGCCACCACCAAUCCAGUUUUCGUCGGCAUCUGAAGAGUCGAUUGUGGCCGGAAAGAGCGAAAUUCCUUCAGCAGAUUGGGCCAACAAUGGUUUGAUACGAGUCUUGCUGCUGGGUGAAAGUGGAGUUGGAAAAACGGCUCUGACUUGUGCCAUUACUGGAAACAAUGGUAGAGCUACCUCUGUGGACUCAGAAAAUGUCACAGAGGACAGCUAUGAAAAGACCAUUUUAAUGGACGAUGAAGACAUCACCAUCACUUUUAUUGAUGACUGGAAAAAGGACCUCUCACUUUUGACCUUUGAUAUCUGUCUUCUCAUUUUCUCGCUCACUGAUCGACAAAGUUUUCAUUAUGCGGUUGAGCUACGCCUUCGAGUCAGAGAGGCUCAUCCACAGUGUCCUAUUAUCAUUGUGGGUAAUAAGAGUGACCUGGUGAGGUCACGAGAAGUCACUUAUGAAGAUGCCAGUGCCAAUGCCACCCUUUUCCAGUGCCAAUACUUUGAAACGUCAGCCGCACUUGACCACAAUACAUUUCAGCUGCUUGAAGAGGUAGUCAAGAGAAUCAGGAGCACAGAAAGGAUGGGUCUUAUUUCUUCACCGCAUCGCCGUCGAGGGAGACGCCGAGAAAGCAUUACCCGGAAGGCCCGCCGUUUUCUACAGAGUCUUGUGCCAAGGAAUACUGCCACUGGAGGAAGGUUCUUCCGUCAGAAAUCUCGGUCCUGUCAUGAUCUGACUGCUAUUUAGAAAUCUGUACGCAGCAUUAUAGUUUCAAGUAUAAAAUGUUUCUGCUAUCUAGAGUGGACAGGAAAAGGAAGAGGCCAUCCUCUUCAGUAUAUUUUGAGUUGGAGAUGAAAGGAAAUGGGUGUCUGUUUUCAUUCCUUAAAUGAAGCAACACGAACAGCAGCUACUUUUAGUGUUUUUUAUUAUGUCAAAUCAGGAAUUGGACUGUAAACAGCAUGCAUAUAUCACGACAGAUGGACUUUUUUGUCUGCGUGCCCAGCUUUGCUUGGGUCCAGGCAGCAUGUCACACCUGCUAGCUGAAGUUGUCUAUAAAGUGAAUUUAGGCUGACUGAUUUAAUAACAGCAGGCAUAUGUGUUGUCUUAUGUUUACAGUGGAUUGUCAUUUGAAUAUUAUUCAGCCAUCUUAAUCAGAUCAUUUUUAACCAAAUAAUGUUAAACGUUGUGUUUAACUCUGAUGUUAUACGUGUGCCACACGAGCAAAGGAAUAAGGAAGGAAAACAAAUGCUGGUCAUAUUAUUUAUGAGAACCAGCCUGAAAUUCUCCCUUGCAUUAAUUUAAAAGCAGCAGAUCUUAAAAGCAUGGUUGUAGACUUUUAUUGUCAUGGAGACUAAAAUAAAUAAAUAAAUAAAUACAUACACACCAAA